CUUUUGGUGAAGCAAAUCCAUUGUGGGACUCACAGCUGAGGCUCGUGGAGGAAAAAAAGGGGCUUGGUUUUCCAGCGCACCGCAAAGCCACAUAAUAGUCGGGACUGCGAUCGGAGCCGCGAGCGAAGCUACUGCCAGCCAAGACUGGUACAAGAUAGAGGGAGAGACGCGGGCGCAUCACCUAUUUAAAUAAGACCAUUGUCUUCUUGGGAAGGGGAGACACAAUGGGACAUGCUCAGUUAUCUAUAUUAAUGACUAUAUUGUCCCACUCCUUUUGGGAAAACGUCGAGGCUGUCUCCAUGGCCGAGGCAAGCGGGCCAACCCCCCAGGUGGUCGAGCCGCAGAUCGCCAUGUUUUGUGGGCGCCAGAUGCUGCACAUGAACACAGAGAGUGGCCAGUGGGAGCCUGAUCCCCAGGGCAGGCAGGGCUGCUUCACGGACCCCAGCAAGAUCCUGUCCUACUGCCAGGAGAUGUACCCUGCCCUUCAGAUCUCACGUGUGGAGGAGUCUUCCAAGCCAGUCACCAUCCCUGCCUGGUGUAAGAAGGGCUGGGGCCACUGCCAGACCCGCCCCUUCAUCGUCAUCCCAUACCGCUGUCUGGUGGGAGAGUAUGUGAGUGAGGCUCUGCUGGUGCCCGACCGCUGCCGCUUCCUGCACCAGGAGCAGAUGGAUGCCUGCGAGAGCUACGUGUACUGGCAUAGCAUUGCCAAGGAGGCUUGCACUGCAGACAGCUUGGAGCUGCACAGCUACGGGAUGCUUUUGCCGUGUGGUGAUCGUUUCCGGGGGGUGGAGUACGUCUGUUGCCCUGGGAGAGGGGGCUCCAGUGGUAAAGGUGAGACGGACGCAGGGGAUGCGCUUCAGGACGUCUCGCAAACCCUGGCUUCGGAGGCCGUGACCCAGGUCAGCAGCAGCAUCAAGGUGACUCCCGUCACACCCAGCCUCUCCCCUGAUGCCGAUGUAGAUGAGGAUAUUGAGGAGGAGGAGGAGGAGGAGGAAGUGGAGCAGCAGGAAGAGGAGGAGGAGGAGGAGGAGGAAGGGGCAAAGGAUGCAGAAGAGUAUGAGUACUCCAUUGACUCUGGUCCCUACCAGGCCACCGACUACCUGGACUCUUUCUACUAUGAGAAAGGGAGUCAAGCCAGUCGUGGAUCUGCCACCGCUGCCCCCCAGACCCGGGGAGACAGCUUUCCCACACCCCGCCCAACUGAUGGAGUGGAUGUCUACUUUGAGAUGCCAGGUGAUGACAGCGAACAUGCCAACUUUGUCCGUGCCAAGCUGGACCUAGAGGAACGAAGGAUGAAGAGCAUAAAUGAGAUAAUGAAGGAGUGGGCCGAGGCUGACAACCAGUCCAAGAACCUACCCAAGUCUGACCGACAGGCACUCAAUGAGCAUUUCCAGUCUGUACUCCAGACCCUGGAGGAACAGGUUGCCGCGGAGAGGCAAAGGCUCGUGGAAACCCACUUGGCCCGGGUGGUGGCCACUCUCAAUAACAACCGUCGGCUGGCCCUUGAGAGCUACUUGACUACUGUGCAGAGUGAGCCACCCCAGCCAGAGCGCGUGCUUCAGGCAUUGAAACGCUAUAUGGCUGCAGAACAGAAGGACCGCAGGCACACACUCAGACACUACCAGCACAUUGAAGCUGUGGACCCCCAAAAGGCAGAGCAGAUGAAGUUCCAGGUCUAUACCCACCUCCAUGUGAUUGAGGAGCGCAUGAACCAAAGUCUGGCUUUACUGUACAAGGUGCCUGUACUGGCAGAGGAGCUGCAUGAUGAGAUCCAGGAGCUGAUGAAAGGGGAGAAGAGUGACAUCAGCGAGCUCAUGACCACCUCUUUCUCUGAGACACGCACCACAGAGGAGCUGCUGCCAGCUGAGAGUGAAGAGGAGAAGGAUGAUGAGGAAGAAGAGGAGCGGGCCUUCCAGAACCGACCAUACCCACCGCACAUUGACUCCCAGCCCAACAACAAGAAAGUCUCUGGAAUGGACGAGUACGAUUACACAACUGCUGAGAAAGUCUCGAAUUACGAGUAUGAAGAAAAGGUAAACACAUCUGUAGAACUCAAGCAAGUUGUCUACAAGUCACCUGGUAUCCAAAGAGAUGAACUGCAACCAGACGCCCUGGAAACAUUCAACCGUGGUGCUAUGGUGGGGUUGUUGGUGGUGGCCGUCGCGAUCGCCAUGGUGAUGGUGAUCAGCCUUCUGCUGGUGCGCAGGAAGCCUUAUGGUACAAUCAGCCACGGAAUAGUGGAGCAGGUUGACCCAAUGCUGUCUCCAGAAGAGCGCCAGCUCAGCAAGAUGCAGAACCACGGCUACGAAAACCCCACCUACAAAUUUUUUGAGCAAAUGAACUGAAAGUGUAUCACCUGGUCGCUCCCUCCCUCUUUUUACCCUGAGGGUUUGGGUGAAAACCACUUCUCAUAACCUGAAAUGUUACUUUAAGAUGAAUUGCAGCAACACAACAACCAUGCGUGCGCCCCAACCUGCUAAACUGUCCCUUUCCCUCCACUUUAAACUGUAAACGUUUUCCGAUAUCUCUGGGUUUCUGACCAAACCCUUCUUUUUGUUGAUGAUGAUGUUGUUGUUGUUGUAGUUGUUGUUGUUAAAAGUGGUUGAUUGAAUCAGUAGUGUGGCAUGUUUUAAUUUCAUAUGAAAUUUCACCUUCUGUGUCAAACUCCAGUUCUGAAAACAGGGACUUGUCACGGGGCUACCACAUUAUUAGAGAGAACUUAGAAGUCUCCCUGUUUUCAAUGGCUUGGAGGGAUUUCUUAAAAAAAAAAAAAAAAAAAGUUUUUAAAAACAAUGUUGUACAGUCUAUUUUCAUUUCAUGCUAGUAUAAUUUUUGUGAAUAUAAUUUAGAUUUUUAUUUUACAGCAUAUCAUUAUUUUUUCAUCUAUUUAUUAUGAUAUAGAUUUAUUUCAGUUAAAAUAUAUUCAGAUUAACAGGAACACAAGGAAAGCUGAAGUCAUGUUUUAAUAUGAAGUCGUAACAAAAUGUAUAUGUCUGCCAAUUCCAAUACCAACACAAUGAAAUAUGCGUAUAUACCGCUGACAUGCACACAUACACACUAAAACUUAAUAGCUUGUAGGUGAGAAAGCAGCCAGGCUCUCCGAUACACAUUACACACACACAUUUAAGACAGCUAUGUUUCAUCGUGGGGAGUGAUCCAUCGAAUCUUACAAAAUCCUAGGAGUUUAUGUGAAUCAGAUGCUUAAUUUUAAGAAUUCUGUGCUCCAAGUUCCCAUGGUCAGUUUAUCCUACGGUAAAUGUAUCAUUAAAGGGAACCAAAAUUUCAGUACUGAGUACCGGUUAUAUUAUCAUUUUCUUUUGCCGCUGCCUAAAAUGUUUGGAGUAUAAUCAAAAGUCCUUAUUCUAAAAACGCAUGCAAAUUUGUAUGAAUCUACGGUAUUUGUGUUGUUCCUGUUUUUGCUUUGAUAUGAAAAUGUUGCAACGUAAUCAAUAUAAACAUGAAAAGGUAAUGGGGAGUACAUUACUUUUAGUAGUUAAUUUGCAACGUAAUGUGAGGAAUAAAAAAAAAAAAAAUUACCUUGUGCUGCUUAGAGUGAGAAAGAAUUUUUAAAACAUGGCUGAUUGAAAACGGACUGUUGUAAAAACCAGCACAAGACAACGACACAGUUACUUCUGACUGAAUGUAUUUUAGGUAGACAUUUUGAGUGCAAGUCCUUCAAAUGUGCACCACUGUUCAGAAAUUGUGCUGUGGAAAAUUUCCAUAAUGUAAAAACAAAGUAAAUAUACUUUACCACAGCCCACAUCAUUGUUUUCUGUAGUUGAAAAAAAAUCAUUAUUAUUGUUGUGUUUGGAGGGGUUGUUGUAUAUAAAAAUGGCUGUGAUAUGAAUUCUCAUGUAAUUAAUUGUGGUGCAUAUCUGAAGUGAACAUGACACAUUAAAACAAUGUUUUAUUAGUGACUGGAAACCUUUUUAAGGCCUAGCAUAGCUCAAAACCUUGGGUUACAGUAAACAGAGUAGUAACCCAAGCUGCCGAAGCAUUAGUAAUGCUAGUCUAAAAUUUAAAAAAAGCAUAUGUGUCAGGUAUUUUUAGAUGUUAACUGUUAACCACCUCUUAAUUCUGACAACACUAUAGCUCAGUAAGUCUACACAUUUUCAUGUGAUGUUAUGUAGUUCAAAAUAAUAUCCGCUUAAAAUCUUAGCAGCAAUGAUGUGGAAUGUUUUUCGUCAACUCUAGAUACUACGUUUUUUCUUUUUUUUUUUUUUUUUUUUUUUUUUUUUUUUUUUUUUUUUUAAUUUUUAUUUAUACAUCCCUCGAACAGAAAUGGGUUGUGUGACAAUGAGGGAGGACUUAAGUCAUUUGUUCUUACAAACUUUGUCCUUGUAAAUAGGAAUGGAAGGAUUUGAGACUUUUCUUCUUUCCACCUGAGGCUCCUCUGUAAAACAUGCAAACAUGCAAGAAGUGGGUUCCUUCGUCCUUUAGUGCAAACUUUGCAAGGUGUUAGAUCGGUUUACUGAUAGAAAAUCUGGGCUCCAAGGAUUAUGCAUAGGAUUAUUAUGACCAUAGAGCUUUGUUGAGUAUGCUGAUCUUCAGUCCCCUUCAGAACUUGACCAAAGACUUGCUCUGAAAGAGAUUUGAAGUCUUGCCUAAUUUGCCUGUUUUGUUUUGAACAACUGAAGUGUGUUGCAGGUCAUAUGGUUUAACGAGUCAAAAUAAUAAUAAAAAUGACUAAUGGCCCAUAA